AUGCAUGAUCAACUGAGAGAUUUUGGAAGGGAGGUUGUUCGUCAAGAAAAUCAAAAUGAGCCUCAAGGCCGUAGCAGAUUAUGGGAUUAUGAGGAAGCCAUCAACGUGCUUGACAGCGACAAGUUCCAGGGCACUAGUAAGAUUGAGGGCCUUUGUCUGAACAAAUGUGGUUGUCGAAGAAGCUACACAGGUGAACUAUUUGAACAAUUGACCAAUUUGAGGUUCCUUCAAGUGAACAGUGUGAAUCUCAUUGGAGAUUUCCUGAACUUGCUUCCUCAAUUAAGAUGGCUUCAAUGGAAGGAUUGUCCCUUGGACUUCACAGUGGCCAACUUUCAGCCGAAGAAAUUAGUCGUGCUUGAUUUGUCGUGGAGUGAGAUUUCAGAGGACUGGGGAGGAUGGGAUCCACUCAAGAUUCAUCCUUCUAUUGGUGACAGCAAGACCCUCGUCUCCUUGAAUGUCAAGAGUUGUGAGAGACUAGAGGAGCUACCGGCUGGAGUAGGUCAAAUGGAAGAAUUAAGCGAGCUUAUCUUAGAUCAUACUGAUAUACAAGAGAUUCCUAUUUCGAGAGGUCGUUUGAUGAAUCUGAAGACACUAAGUGCCUCGUCUUGUAGACGACUAGCUCAACUUCCAGAAUCCAUGGGCUCCCUUGUGUCGUUAACUCUAUUGGACGUAUCUGAGACAGGGAUUGAAGAACUACCUGAAUCCAUUGGGGGAUGCCCCUUGUUGAGAGAAAUUCCCAAUUCGAUUGGAAAGUUGGAAUCAUUGGCUGAACUGCAUUUAGCAUAUACAUCAAUUGCAGAGUUAUCUAAAAGCAUUGGGAAUUUGCAUAAUUUGAGGAUCUUGGACAUUCGUCGAACUCACAUAACAGAAUUGCCUGGUGCCAUCGGAAUGUUGGUAAAACUCCGAGAGUUGAGUGCUUCAAGAUGCAAAAAUCUGGAAGGACUACCAAGCAAUAUGGGCAAACUGGUUUCACUAAACAAGCUUAAAUUAGGCAAGUCAGGCAUUAUAGGCUUGCCAGAAAGCAUUUCUAAGCUCUCUUCUGUCCAAAACCUGAGUGUUCGAUAUUGCCAAAAGCUUCGAGAACUACCAGAGCUGCCCUCUAGCAUAACAGCUCUACGUAUUACUUGCCAGAGUCCGUCGUUGCCCCAUCUUUCCCAACUAACACUUCUCAAGAAACUCACUCUUUCUGAUUGCCUGGGGCUUGAAUAUCUUCCAAAGCUUCCCAUUGGACUAUCAAUGCUUUCUAUUAGACGUUGUGGAAAAUUGAAAGCGGUGACGGAUUUGUCGAACUUGAAGCAUUUAUCUGAAUUGUAUCUUGAAGAGUGCUACGAGUUAACAGAAGUCACCGGUAUGGAAGAUUUACAAUCUCUCUAUAACAUACGUGUAUGGGGAUGCCCUAAAAUGUCUUCGCUUGAUGAUGUCGAAUCCUGUGGUUCUUCAUCUUGA